AUGAAGGUCACGUUCCGGGGCAAUAGGUUCAAUAUUCUGUUUUUCAAUGCUGCUGCGGUGUACCACCAUCAUAAGCACAUCAUCAGCUUCGUCUCCUCAUGGCCAGACCCCAACGGGCUGUUCAAAGCUGUAAAAGCAGAUGCAUCACAGAAGGUGUACCUUGCUGGUGUUCGAGCCCUGGGCAUGGUGGACAAGACCAUCACGGGUCCGUUUUUCCGACUCCUGGGCAUCCAGAAAGGUAUUCUAAACAUGAAUAUCCAUCUCCAUCAGAUGCAGUUGGGGCUGGAUAGAUGGUCAAAGGACGCCAUCAGCCUGAUGGACGGAGAAGCUCUCUUCGACGAAGCAGUAGUAAAGAGGCACAAAGAUGCUUUGUACCACUCGCUUUUUGCAGCCAGCGAAGACGAGGAGCUAGACACACUCACCCAGCAGGCACUUGAAGUUGUCUGUGCCUCCAUGUUGAUUUUACUGGAACGCCAAGCAGAAGAACAGUUGCCUGGUGGCAGAUUCUGGGAGCCCUCAGAAGCUGAGAUUCAGAAGUCCCAGCACGUGCCCACCACCAAUGUUGUGUCUGAGAGAGACUUCGCCGUGCUGGACAACCUGCUCAGGGCAAAACCCAAUGCGACGUCGCUGGCCUGCGAAGCCUACAUCAUGUGGCUCAACAAUCAAACAAGCACUUGGCUUCGGAAUCUGACAGUGGAGGAGAAAGAAAGGCAUAUGGCAUAUGCCAGGACACACGCAGCUAGUGAUUCAAAGAAAAGAAUAAACAAAUCAAGGAGCAGCGCCUACAGGCCUUGCUUAAGAAGCAACGGCAGAAAGAAGACAAAAUCAAAAGAGCAAGGGAGAGGAAGGUGGCCUUGA